AGCUCCCUUCUCUCAAAAUAACUCACAUUUGGACACUGCCUCGAAAAAACCCAACCUUCCCAACACUCCAGAGAUGACCGCAGAUGCUGAAGAAGCUCAAGCACAUCUGAUGGGUUCAGAUGUGGCCACGCUGCACCUGCCCAGUUACGCUGAUCGGUACACGGAAAUUCCACGCCUUCUCCGCCUAAAGUUCAUAGCGGAGGUGUGCCCAAAGUUAAGGGUGUCGGCCCUUAGGCUGGCCAUCGAACACGUAAAGUCUACUUACAAUGUCAAGCUGUACGACGAGCUCUAUAGGUCCCUCUGCGGCGAAGUGACCAAAAACUCACCGCUGGAAAGUGCCCAAGGGAUGGACGACGACGAGGCAAGCACCUCUAGUGGCAUGCGCCGAGUGGUCCUGCCCUACGACAACAGCUGGGUAGAGGACAACAUGAUGGAGGCCACCUUGCUCAUCCAGGAGCUGGAUGCUGCACUGAACUUCAAGAAGUCGAGCUCCGGCAGCCCCCAUAUACGUCGUGUUUUGGAGAAGAUAGGGGACUUCCACGAAAAGAGCGGCAACCUGCAACUCGCCGUCAAGUUUUAUGCCCGCGCAAGGUCUUACUGCACGAGCAGUGACAAUGUAAUCACCUUGUUCCGCAACCUGAUCCGGGUCUCCAUCUACAUGACCAACUGGUGGCACGUGCUCACCUACAUUGACGAGGCCAAGCAGUACGCCUUGGGGUUCGAGAGCCUAUCGCAGGAAGUACCGGCCCGUCUCAGCUGCGCCGCUGGCCUGGCCAACAUGGGUCUGAAGAACUUCAAGUUGGCGGCGCAGCACUUCCUGCUGACUCCCUUUGGCCAGUACGACUACGACAAGAUCGUGGCCCCCGAGGACGUGUGUUUCUAUGCCGGACUGUGCGCCUUGGCCACAUUCGAGACGUUUCAAUUGCAGGCAGAACUACUUAACUCGGAAGCCUUUAAGCCGUUUUUAGAGCUCUCGCCGAAGAUGAGGAGCGCCUUGUUCAAUUUCCACGAGGGACACCUGGAGAUCACCUCAGCCCUACUGACGGAAAUCGAGGGUAUCGUCAGGCUGGAUGUCUAUUUGUCGCCCCAUGUGGAUAAACUCUAUAAGAUAAUUCACGGCAGGCUGCAAAAGAAAAGUGAAAAAAAACUGACAGAUCCUAGAAAAAAUUAGCAUUAGAUUUAUAAAAUAGUAAAGACUUGUAUUGUAAUAAAGCACUUUAAAGCAAGA